UGUAAUUGGUUCGCCUGGGCCUGGCCCAAGAAUUCUUUAUCUUUAUCAGCAGAUAAACCAAAUGUUGACUAAUUGUGCACAUUUCAUGACAUAAGAUGGCAGCUGCAGAUGUUAGUGUCCUCCGACGAUUAUCUGGUGCCCGACCAAAGCAGAAAAGUUCAAAUGUCUUGGAGUGUCGAGUGUGUGAGGAUAUCUUCAAUCUCCAAGGAGACAAGGUGCCCCGCCUUCUGCUGUGCGGUCACACUCUCUGUCACGAAUGUCUGUCGAGGCUGACCCUACAGGGCAGGGCCGUCCUUUGCCCGUUUGACCGUCAACCCACCGAGCUGACUGACUCUGGUGUCUGGGGUCUCAAGAAGAAUUUUGCCCUCUUAGAACUCCUGGAGAGAUUGCAGACGUCUAAGGAGCCGAGUCUGAGUGCAGAGGGAGGCUUGAUUGGUCACCGGAAAGGAGGAAGUGGUAUACCUUGUGAUGAGAAUGAAAACCACCAGGCAGAGAUCUACUGUACAGUGUGCAGCACCAACCUAUGCACUCAGUGUGCCAAAUCAACUCAUUCAACACGUACUCUAGCCAAACACCGACAGGUACCACUAUCUGAGAAACCGAAGGAGAAGACGGUCUGUCAGGAUCACAGCCCUCAUAUCAUAGAGUUUGCUUGUCAAGAGGUGCAAUGUCAGGCAAUGCCCCUCAUGUGCUUCGUCUGCAAGGACUAUGGCAAGCAUAGGGGACAUAAGCAUACAUUACUAGAGCAAGAGGCUGACACUACCAGGUCUGUUGUGGUCGGAAUGGUUCAACAGGUGCGAGUAUUCAGCGAAGAGAUCUCAGAAUCCGCCAGGAGACUUGGCGACAUCAUCCAACAGGUUGAGGGCGGUGUUGGUAUUAUUGAGGAUCUGGACGGGGUCGCUGAACCACGACAUGUACCAGGGACAGCUGAGAUGGCCAGAGCCAAGGUGAGGACAUACUUCUCCGAGCUUCACGAGACCCUGCAGAGGCAAGAGGAGGUAGCGGCCAGUGUCCUGGACACUCACAUCAGGGAGAGGCUUCACCUACUCAGGCAGCAGCAGGAACACUUUGCCCUCAUGAUGUCAAGUAUCGCCUCCAUGAGCUAUGACUGUGAAUCUAUGCUUUAUCAGGACGAUGCCAAGCUGUUGGUAUCCAAACAGGAAGUAUCAUCCCUCCAGGAUUCGCUGCAGACUCACAAGCAACAGUUCACUGACAUCACAGAGCACAUCCAACUUGAUGCAAAUAUACCAGUCACUUUCACUAAGGAUAACCGGGUACACAUAGGACCUAAGAUGGAGAUGAGAGUUGUGGUGCUAGGUCUGGAUAAUGCUGGCAAGACCACGAUCCUCUUCAAGCUCAAGCAGAAUGAAUUCAUCCAAACAAUACGCACAAUAGGGUUCAACGUAGAAACUGUGGAAUACAAGAAUCUUAAUUUCACCAUUUGGGAUGUAGGUGGAGACACCAAGCUCCGCCCACUCUGGAAACAUUACUAUCUCAACACCCAAGCACUCAUCUUUGUAGUAGAUUCAACGGAUGGGGAUAGAUUGGAUGAGGCUUACGAUGAACUGGCAAUACUCAUGUCAGAGAAACAGCUCAGGGAUGCACUCCUCCUGGUCUUUGCAAACAAACAGGAUCAACCUAAUGCCCUUAACCUAGACACCAUCAGUGACCGUCUUUGUCUCAAUAAGCUUUGCUGCGGUCGAAGCUGGUUUAUCCAGCCGUGUGAUGCCCUGAGUGGGGCGGGGCUGUGGGAUGGUCUAGAGUGGCUGUCGGCUCAGCUGGUAGCGGCAGGAGUGAUGGACCUGGCAUGAAUUCAUAACCUGGAGCUAUGUCUAGUUUAUUAACUCCAAACCUUGUGGGAUCCGGUAAAUUGGCUUUUGUGAAGUCAUAUUUUAACUCAAUAUCUAGUUGACAAACACAAAACCUGUGCAGCAGGACCCUUGUGCAGUAGGAUGUUUAUUUCUGUAAAGUCACGUUUUAAGAACUAUGUCUAGUUUACAUAUAUACAUGCACAAAACCUAUGUAGUCAGACCUAUUAAUAAGGUUCUUGUUGUGUUAUACUUUAGCAUUUAUCAUGUAUAAUCCACUAACACAAGACUCAUGCAGUGGGACCCAGUAUAAGGUUUUUGUUAUGUCGUACUUUAAGCAUAAUGUAUAGUCCACUAAAACAAUACUUAUGCAGUGGGACCCGGUAUAAGGUUCUUGUUAUACUUUUGGAACAAUUUUUAGUCCACUAACACAAAACUAAUGCAGUGGGACCCAGUAUAAGGCUUUUGUAAUGUCAUACUUUAGCUGUAUUACUAGUUUACUUACACAAAACCCAUGCAGUUUUGUUUGAUAGUGUAAUUCAUGCUGUUACUAGAGGAAUUACAUUUUAUUAGUUUCAUCCCGGCUCAAAACUCAUAAAUGGGCCAAAUUCAAAUUUAUAUGUUUUUCUUAUAUAAAGUUUGAAAAAAACAGAUUCUAAGCUGUAAGCAUUGAUUUACAUAUAAAACCUCUGAUAAUCGCCGAACUAAAACCCAUAUUACUUAAUUCAAUGUACGAGAAUCUCCUCGAGAUGUUCAGAAAAUCACUAAGCAAAUACAUGCACACACAGUGGAUAAUAUGAACUUAUGCUUGGCUAGAUAAUGUAGGAUGAUUGUGUAAGUAGAUUUAAAUUACACAAAACAACCCAAUAUAUAAUUAUGGUGUUAUAAUGAAGAAAUUUGUAUCAAAUUUGAUCUUGUUUGUAUUUUGUUUACAAGAGCAUUUAUAUAGGUGCUGUGAGAUCAUCUAAUAGGGCAUUUUGUUGUGUUUUUAAGUCGUUCAUAACAAAUCAGUUUGUUCAUUGAACUAUUUUGAUUUGUAUGAUGAACAUUUGAAGAAAUAUGUUCCAAAGCUAGAAUGAGAAUACAUUAUUAGGACAGACUUGUACAAGAAUUUUCUGACAUUUGACAUGUCCUCUAGUGACAGAAUGUAAGAGAUUUAUUAAAGAAUAUCAAAAAGUGAAGAAUUAUUGAUAGGAAAUUAGAAUAUAAUGUUCAUAUCCUGCUUAUGUUCUAUGCAUACAAAGUUCAGAGGAUUGUGCAAUAGAUGUUUGUAAAUGCAGUUAGACUGCAGUAAAUAUGAUUUUGUUAUUUAUUGAUGCUAUUUUCAGCUGCAUUUAUGUACUAGCUGCCUUACUCCAUUUUCUCAGUUGAUCUACAUGUACAUACAUAAACAGGGACAUAAAUUGGAAAACUUUUUGUUUUGAUUGUAUUUUUUAUCCAAAAAAAAGGAAUAUAUAUACAGCCAUAUGAGCAUAAAAUAUAAUGAUUGUUUUCAAUUGGCUCUGACUCUCUAUAAGUGGGAAUAGGUAUCCUGUAUGAAGAUCCAGUUUCAGAUUCACGUACUAGUGAAUCUGUAUGUCAUAUCUUAUAAGACAACAUAAAUCUGCAUGACUUGGGCAAAACUUGACUUAGAUGAUGUAAAUACAAGUCAUGUUUGCAUAUUCUGCUCUGGAAAUGCUUUGACAUUGGUGAUUAUUUGACGAUUGGAGGGCGACUUGAGCAGAGUGUACUAUACUUGAAUAUGCAAUCUCAUCAAUGAUAAUAAUGAUAAUAAUUAUAAUAUUCUGUUCUUUCUAGCAAGCACAUAACAAAUAGACAAAGCUACCUAUGUCCCUAUGCACUUAUGUAAAUUGUAGAAAUGAAAUAAGUCAUUAAUAAGAGUCAGUUGAUAAGUCAUUUAUACAGUGUGACUUAAUGCACAUAUUUGAAUGUGCAGUUCCAUUGAUGACGGAACUUCAGUUAUGUAUGAGUUUUAUCAUACACAUAUUUUGAUAUGAUAUCUCAUUGAUUACAAGUCUUGUAGUAAGUGUGACUUAAGUCAUGAAUGAACUUUAAUACACAUACUUUGAUGUGAUAUCUCAUUGAUUACAAGUCUUGUAGUAAGUGUGACUUAAGUCAUGAAUGAACUUUAAUACACAUACUUUGAUGUGAUAUCUCAUUGAUUACAAGUCUUGUAGUAAGUGUGACUUAAGUCAUGA